UCCUGGCGCGACAGUUGCAAUUGGAGAAAGAACAGGUCACUACUCAGAUUGCCUGUCUUCUUUGUCAGAUAUAAUGUCUACAAUUUUAUCUGCCUCCAUUAUUCGUGUCAGAGAUGGACUGCCACUUUCUGCUUCUACUGAUUAUGAACAAAGCACAGGAAUGCAGAAGUACAGAAAGUAUUUUAAAAUGCUCUCAAAGAAACUUGCUCAACUUCCUGAUAGAUGUACAUUGAAAACUGGACAUUAUAACAUUAAUUUUAUUAGCUCCCUGGGAGUGAGCUACAUGAUGUUGUGCACUGAAAAUUACCCAAAUGUUCUCGCCUUCUCUUUCCUGGAUGAGCUUCAGAAGGAAUUCAUUACUACUUAUAGCAUGAUGAAGACAAAUACCGCUGUCAGACCAUACUGUUUCAUUGAAUUUGAUAAUUUUAUUCAGAGGACCAAGCAGCGAUAUAAUAAUCCCAGGUCUCUUUCUACAAAGAUAAAUCUGUCUGACAUGCAGAUGGAAAUCAAGCUAAGGCCACCUUAUCAAAUUCCCAUGUGUGAAUUGGGGUCAGCCAAUGGAGUCACAUCUGUAUUUUCUGCUGACUAUAAAGGUGCUGGUAAGAUUUCUUCUGCUCACCAGCGACUAGAACCAGCAACUUUGUCAGGGAUGGUGGCAUUUAUCCUUAGUCUUUUAUGUGGAGUUCUGAAUUUAAUUCGAGGUUUUCAUGCCAUAGAAAGUCUCCUGCAGAGUGAUGGUGAGGAUUUUAAUUACAUCAUUGCAUUUUUCCUUGGAACAGCAGCUUGCCUUUACCAGUGUUAUUUACUUGUCUACUAUACCGGCUGGCGAAAUGUCAAAUCAUUUUUGACUUUUGGCUUAAUCUGUCUGUGCAACAUGUAUCUCUAUGAACUGCGCAACCUCUGGCAGCUGUUCUUUCAUGUGACUGUGGGCGCAUUUGUUACACUACAGAUCUGGCUGCGGCAAGCCCAGGGCAAGGCUCCUGACUAUGAUGUGUGAUACCAUCCUUCAGAUAUAUUGCCUUGACUUCAGGAAGGAAAGUAGCGGACAUAUUUUAACUGCCACUGUGAUGAUGAAACAGAUAACAACAAAUAAGAAGCUCUGAAUUCUUUCUCAUCAUCUUUCCAUUUCUUAUAAAUCAGCAUGGCAUGCCUGUGAGCGUGCAAAACCUGCUAAGAAAAUUCCUUUCAGAAGAACACAGGCAGUGAAAAUAUCAUGAGGAGAAGGAAGAAGAGCCUUAUCUCUUCGGGGCCAUUGCAGCGGAAGAACAGGCUGAUGCCGCUGGAAGGAAGACCCGGCUGGUGGUCCAGAAUUCUCCCCCAAAGAGUUCAAUCAAAACCUAGCCAUGGAACUUUUUCUGAGGACCAAGCAGGAAUGCUACAACCUGAGUUUGCCUUUGUGAGGCUUUACUAUAGACUAAAUUAUAAGAUGCUGCAGAAAUUGGAAAAGUUUAUAUUUUAAAACAAAUUGUGCUAAAUAUCAGAUUAUUUGCACAUUAUAAUACGAAGAGAUUAUGAAGUCUA